UUUCGCGAAUUCGACUGUUUCAGCCGGUUGUAACCGGUUUUCUGCUGAUUGGGCGCGUUUCAACGGUUAGUUGGUCACGUGCUGGUUGGCUGCCGACACAUACUCGAAGUUGCACAGUGAAGGCGAUUCUCAGUGUUUGCUUUUUCGUUGUGUGUGGCUGUUGAGCUUUUAUUAUGUUCAAGACGACGGCAUUUGGUGGAGGAACUGGCCUAUUUGGUCAAUCGAAAAACACAACGUUUGGCACUCCGCCAGCAUUCAACGCCCAAACACCAUUCAAUGCAUCGGCAUCCACUGGAUUUGGAGGAACGACAUUUGGUGCUGGAUCAGCACUCAAGUUUUCUAGCACAGGGACGAGCGUUGCAUCUAGUGGUGGGUUGUUUGGUGGACAGACACCUCUUAAUCAGAAUGCUGCGCUGAAGAUGAGUCAAGCUGGAGGACUGUUUGGAGCGGGGAUGUCGAAUAGUGGGAGUUUGUUUCAAACUCCGCAGAUUGGUCAGAGUGCUGGAGGCCUGUUUGGUGCUAAUAAGACAUCAAUGUUUGGCACAUCAAGCGCUGCAACUACUGGAGGUGGAUUGUUUGGUGGUGGACAGAACAGGCAGACGUCGUUUGCAACAUCAUCGGGGUUUGGUGGUAACAACAGUGGAGGUUUGUUUGGAGCAGUGGGAGGUGCAGGAGGAGGCAUGUUCGGUGUCCAGGCAACGAAUGGAACGCCAGUCAAAUUCCAGCCGACGGGUUCGACAGACUCUAUACAGAGAAACAACUACACAACGACAAUAUCAACUCGACUUCAAGUCAUCACCGGAAUGAAGGAUUACGAGGCAAAGAGUAUGGAGGAGUUACGAUGUGAAGACUACGUACAAGGACGUAAAGGUCCUCAACAGGGCUCCGCAUUAGGAGGCGGACUAUUCGGACAACAGCAGAAGACGGGUCUAUUUGGUCAGCAACAGCAGCAGACGGGACUGGGAUCGACUGGAUUUGGGCAGAAGACAGGUGGGCUUUUUGGUCAGACGCAGCAGCAGCAGACUGGGGGAUUGUUUGGUCAACAGUCAAAGGCGGGUGGUUUGUUUGGACAGACAGGAGGAGGCGGCAUUGGGUCUCAAGCCGGGAAUCUAUUCGGCCAACAAACCGCCACCUCAGGGCUACAACUUGGUCAAUCAACGGCCUUCGGCCAACAGCAGACCGGCGGAUUGUUUGGUAACAAAACUGGCGGCCUCACAUCGGGAUUUGGUGGGACAGGAGGCUUCCAGAUUGGCGGCGGCAGUUCUGGUCCGACUUUGUUUAGCCAACAGCAAGCAGGCCUUGGUGGUGGGUUACAGCUUGGAGGGUUGGGAAAUACUGGAGGAUUGAGUCUUGGUGGAGGACAAACUGGAGGUGGAUUGUUUGGAAACAAAACGGGCGGCUUGUCUCUCGGUGGAACUAGCGGACUAGGAGGCAUGCAAUCCAGUGGGUUUGGUCUCGGAAGCAAUCUCGCAGGUGGAGGCCUAAAACUAGGCACAGGCCUGGGAGGCACAGGUGGUCUGCAGCUUGGCACGUCUUCCAUGUUGGGUCAGUCUGGUAGUUUUGGUAUGCAUCAACACACCGGUCUUGGUUUGGGAUUGGGAGGCGGGCAACCUCAGCUGGGAUUAGGUGGAAUGACGUCACUUCCGGGGACACAGUAUGCUGUUGUGCCACAGCAGGAGCUGCUGAAGCUGCAGCUUCAGGCGUUGAAGAAUUCGCCGUUCGGAGACUCUCCGUUGUUCAGGAAUGCAGUGAAGGAAGCAAAGGACUCCGAAACAACCACAUCAUCUGGUGGUCCUUCUAUUGCUCGCUCAGCAGGCACACCUCCUCACUACAAAGUGAUGGCAAAACCUUUGUCAAAAGCCAAACCUAGAAGGAUCACAGGUAAACCAAACAGCAGGUCUCAACUCUUUGAAGACGAAGACGACAGCAGAUUACUCACGUCGGAAGCAUUCGUUCCAAGACGAAGCAUCAAAACUCUCGUCAUCAAACCGAAACGGUCACCAGAGAUGCUGCCGGUGACUGCAGAUAGUAACACUUCUGCACAAUCGGGUGCCGUCACUUCGAUGUCUGUUCUUACAUCCGACUCGGUGUUGUCCGAUCUCAUAACACCACAGAGGCCACGCAUGUCGACGGGAGUCCAGUUUGCCAUGUCGGAUAGGGAAAGCGGAUUGUUGCAGAGCGGCGGCAGUGACGAGCGUGUGAGAUCGUUUGGUCAGAUGAACGGUAUGGGGGAAGGAAGUGGUAGCAAAGGGAAGUCUCCGGGACUCUUGAUUAGUGAGAACUACACGAACGAAGUGAUCAGGCCUCAGCCCGUUCGGGACAGAUCCCUAGACAACACCGUGUCUGAAUGGUCCAAUCCCAAACCGUCAACUCCCGACAGAGACACAAACGAGACGUCAUCCUCAUCAAUAGACGGAAGUAUCUUAUCUCCAAGAAACAACAGUCAACUACUACCAUCACCUACUGGUAGACAUUCUCCGGAUGACAUCACAGGAAUAACUCUCUCAAGGCCAGGAUAUGAAACCGUUCCAUCAAUGGAAGAGCUGAGAACGAUGGCCGAGGAUCAACCAUCAGGAGAACUAAUCGUUGAUGACUUCACUGUUGAACGUGAAGGUUAUGGAAAGGUGACUUUCUUAGGGGAGACAAACGUUUAUGGCCUAAACUUGGAUGAAAUUGUGCACAUCAGUCGGAAAGAGAUCAUUGUUUAUCCUGAUCGAGACUCGACACCACCGCAGGGCGAAGAGUUGAACAAGAAGGCAAGAGUGAGAUUAGAUGGAACAUGGCCAAUUGAUAAAUCAACGAGAGAUCUGAUCAAGGAUCCUGAGAGAUUACAAAACAUGAAGUAUGCCGAGAAAGUGAAACGAUCAACAGUGAAGACGGGAGCAACAUUCAUCGACUACUUACCCGAGACCGGGUCAUGGAUAUUUGAGGUCGAUCAUUUCACUAGGUACGGACUGGAGGACGAUGAUUCUGAUGAUGAUGUCGGAGGCAUAGCAUCAAGGCAAGGGCAACUACAGAGACUACCUCAACAAUCUCAGCAGCAGAGACAGCAGCAGCAGCAGCGGCAGCAACUACAACAAGGGCAACAGCAACUUCGUCAAGCUUCACUUGCCGCUACAAACCAGGCGUCUCGUCUCACUGACGACGAUGAGGAAAUGGCCGAACUGCAAGACGAUGAAAAUCGAGAAUUGUUGCAUUCGCAAAUGGGCUUUAUUGAUGCUGCUGCUACUUCAUCCUCUGACAUCAACGUUGGCCUACUGGGAGGCGUGAACUCACGACGAGUUCAAGUCAUGAAGGCUUCGUUCUUCAGCGAGUCGUCCGACAAUGAAAGAGAGCCUCGUAGUGGUAUUCAUCGUAUGCCAUUGCAGAUGAUGCAGCGUACCAUCUUGGGCAAUCGGUCUGCUGUGAGAGAUGAGGCGUCACAGUCUCCCGUCUCUCUAAAUGACAGCAUCAUGUCCACAAGUGCAAGCUCUCUUAUACAACAACGGCAGCUGUUACGGCCGGAGUUUACAACAAGAAGACGAGCCGCACAAGAACGGCCGAUGUCUCCGAUUGUUGUCCCACGGCCGCAGCCGAGUGUGUUGCCACAGCAGCGACCUCCAGCCUCGAUUUCGCACGAAAUUCCUGCUGCAAAGAAAGUCAUCUGGCCGAUUCCCUUGGAGCAGUCUAUGACACACGCAAAGCAGCAUCUUAUUGCUGAUAUGGGGCUCAUGAUGGGGAGAUCUUUCAGAGUUGGUUGGGGCCCUAACUGGACUCUUGCACACUCAGGAAUUGAAAUAUCAAUUGAAAUGGCCAGCGGCCAGCAAAGGAGUUUGACGUCGUCUCGUGUUGGACAUCAAAUCGUUGCACGAAAAAGGACGAUACCGUAUGCAGUUGUUAUUGAGAAAGUUUCUGUUUCAUCUGAAUCGACUGCUGAGGCUGAGCACCACCUAGUGCCUGCUCUAAAGGCUGCCUUCGCACAUAGUCGGAGCGUUAUUGUUGAAGUGUCUGGCAUCCCGUACUUCUCGCCUACUCAUAACAUCAGUGGACUUCAUGCUUUGUCUGAUGCAGUUGACGAGACGUUCACUAAACAUCCAGAUUCUGUUGUCUUGGAACAAGCUGCCAUGACAUUGAAACUAGCUGUUGCUCUGUGGGGUCGUCUAGAAGGAAUCGACGGAGAGGACGAUACGGUUCUCGACCCUGACGACUCGUACGAUCGAAUUAUGGGACGACGGAGUGUCAUGUCUGAAUGGCUGUCUGCAGUUACAUCAAAAAACGUCAACACUCUUCAUCCCAGAGGAUAUUUAGAUCAACUGUUUGACUUAGUCGCUGCAUGUCAGAUCCCAGCUGCUUGUACUCUUGCUCAGCGUAAUGGUGACUACCAGUUGUCCAUGCUGUUGGCAGAGUCGUCGAGUACUGAUCGUUUUCGUGGAUUCAUGUCAAAUCAGUUGGCGUAUUAUGAUCAACAGGAUGGGUUGUCGUUUGUUGAUCCGAAGCGUUUGAAGGUAUUGGCUUUAUUGGCUGGUGGACGUACAGGAAGGCUGUUGUGGAAGAGUGAGAGAAAGAGCGUGUUGGUUAAUCCGUGUGAAGGAAUGGACUGGAAACAAUGCCUUGCACUUCAUCUUUCGUAUGGAUGCAGUGCCACGGCUGGUGUUGGAACGAUGUUGGAGCGCUACAGUGAGGCAUUCAAGAAGGAAGACAAUGCGUACGCUGCACCACCUUUGCCACCACAUUUGGAGAAGAACGGCUCAGAUGCUUGUCGUCCUGGAGUACUGAGGACUUUUGAAGACGUUCAUGGUUUGAAGGGUGUGGUGAGAGACAUUUGCUACCAUCUGCUCAAACUCUACAGAAAGAGAGAUCAUCGACUGGAACGAACGCUCUCGCCGGCGACAUACGGCUCUCAGAUAUUAGACUACUUUCUAAGCUGGAUCUUGCUCCAGCAGCUGAGAAGUCUUAACUACGACCACAUGCCAAUGUACAGACAAGAUCUCACUCACACCAAUUUUGCGGCUCAACUCGAGUCUCUUGGCUUGUGGGAAUGGGCUGUGUUUGUACUUCUACACAUUGACAACCCAGAGUCAAGAGAAACAUCAGUGCGUCACUUUCUGGCAAGAAACUGUCAGUUGGAGCCAGAUGAACACGAGCAAUUAAGAGAGAAAUUUGUUACCAACGAGUUAAACGUUCCAAAGGAAUGGCUGCAUGAAGCAAAAGCAUGUCGUGCUCAUUACUUUGAGUAUCCGGACGUAGAAGCAGAGCAUGUUUUGAAAGCUGGUCAUUGGAAUGCUGCCCAUAGCAUCAUAUUAUCAAGUCUUGCAUCUGAUGCCAUCAUUGAAGAAGACUACGAUUAUUUGAAGGAUCUUCUUGAGCAGCUGGCACCAUCAGAAAGGAACAGCGAUAUUCAAGAUUGGCCACAAGGUGGAAAUAUCCUGUUGGAUUAUCUUCUUUUGUCAGACAAAGUGAAUGCUCUUAGUCAGGGUAGACCUUCUGAUGCGGAGUUGAUAGAACUACAAGAUGAAACGGCAUCUUUAUGUUCUCGACUUGAAAUGUUGACAUGCCAAACAGCAAGGGAUAGGCUCUGUCAAGCUGAGAUGGCAAAGAACUGUGCAAACUACUUGAAGAUUUUCUUGUUUUUAUUGGAUCAUCCUGAUGAAGAUUUGGUUCUCGACGACAGUGCUCUGCCACCUGUCUCAUUGGCACCGUAUAUUGCUGGCCUUCCCAUGUUGGAAGACUACAGUUUGUCUGAGUUGAGAGCACUCACUCGAAGCUACAUCGUUGAGUUGGCCUGUUGACGUGUUUCAUUUAUAUGUACUGUUUCUAUUACAAGGUUAGAUGUGGUUGGUCAGCAGAGUGAGUGAUUUGUAUACAUAGUUAAACAUUGUGGUUUCGUCUACUUACUUCACGAAAUCGUAGAAAUAAAGUAACAUUUAAUGAUGCA